GAUCAUGCCAACUCACGUUUUCGGCUCUGGAUCACCUCAGAAGCUCACAAUUCUUUCUCUAUUGGUUUGUUACAGGUAAAGCAUGUCUCCUCCAUGAUUUUCAUGUUAAAAUUAGGCUUACUUAUUUUUGUAUGUUUUAAUGUUUUUCUUUAUUAUUCUAUUAUUUUCAUUUUUGUUUCCUGAAAUAAGAUUAGUAAAAAUUUGUAAGUUUACAAAUAAGAAUAAAGGCUUAAUCUCCUUUGGAGUCAUUAUUAUUAUUACCUUCAUAAAUGCUUUUCAACUUAAUUUUAAAAAUUUCAGGAUCUGGUGUUAAUGUUAUUAUGAUACUUAAUUGUCAUUUAUUUUUCCAUUAAUUUCCCCAAUUGUUGACCACCUUGACAGGUUUCCAUCAAAUUCACCAAUGACCCACCUCAAGGCAUCAAAGCCGGCCUCAAGAGAACUUAUUCAUCUUUCUCACAGGAAUUCAUUGACAUUUUCAACAUACCUCAGUGGCGCCCCCUUCUGUACACG